AUGCUGCACGUAGCGCUCAAGUGGGCCAUAGUCGGCCGGUAUUCCGAAGGGGACUACCCCUUCUUCGGCGAGUACCACGUGAAGUGGAUGGUGAUGAUGCUGCUCGCCGGCGCGGCGGAGGACGUGAUCGACUCGCUCGGCGGCACCGCUUGGAUGGCGAUCUACUACCGCUUGAUGGGGGCGAGGGUCGGCAAGGAUUGUUGCCUGUUUGGACUGGCUUUGGAGUAUGACCUCCUCACCCUCGGCGACCGCGUGGCCGUGGGCUGGGAAUGCGACACUACAUGCCACACGGUCGAGAACAUGGUCAUCAAGCUCGCCCCGACCGUGCUCGAAGAGGGCGCCGCUGUCUGUCCCCACUCAAUGCUCAUGCCGGGCUGCGUUCUCGGCCGCGGAGCCAUGCUUCUCGACAACUCGCAGGUGCUCAAAGGGGAGGCUGUGCCGCCGGGGGAGCGGUGGGCGGGGCUUCCGGCCAUGCGCUGCCCUUCUGCACCGUUGCCACCGGAGGUGACAAGGCAGCUGACUGCGGGGCAGCCAAGGCACCUCCACCACUAUACGCACACCUCAUUUGACGCUCUCACCUUCAGGCGGCCCGACGGCUGUGUGCGAUUGCGGCCGGUAGAGAGGCCGCAGGGGCGGGGCGGGCACCUGCGGCUGCAGUGGGCGCUGGCGCCGGGAGGCUCCCGGCUACUCACGGUCGACACGCUCGGCGGCAGCGGCCGGUGGGCGCAGUUUCAGGUGUCUGCCGCGGCAGGGUCGGCUGGGCGGGCUGUCCAGCUCCGCGGGGUGGGCACCGGCGCGUAUCUGUCGGUGAGGGCUGGCGCGCUCGUGGGCACGCACGACUCCGGUGACGCAGCGAUCUCGAUCCUCACGCGGAGGGCGGCGCGCUCGCGGACGAAUAAUCGUCGCGAGGAGCGCGUGGAGCAGGCGUUGCGCGCGCGCGAGUACCUCGAGCAUCGAAGGCUCGCGGCCGCCGCCCACAUCAUGGAGAGGCGGGCAGCCGGGGGGCGGAGGAAGCCGUAG